CGUAUCCGCGACAUUCCUAAGUUGAAAGUCGAGCCAGGACCGACAAGGGGACGAGACGAGAAUGGCGUCGAAUGAACUGGCGGCGAUCCUAGCACGGCGCCGCGCCAAGGCCGGAGGGGAGAGCGAACCUCCUGUUCCAGCAGUGGAACGUAGUGCUCCCCCUGCACCGGAGACGGGCUCGUCGGCUGCUAGAAGCUCGAUUGCGGAACGGAUCGCACGCCUCAAGCAGCAGAGCGCGGCCGCCAGCGCCGCUGAAGGAGCGCCCCCUGCACCACGAUUCAAUCACCCGUCACCAGCCUCGGAGCCGUCGGAACAGCUUCUAGCGAGUAACAGCAGCGUUGGUAGCAUGAGCGACGCGAGCGUAGCGUCAGCGGCCUCGGAGCCGGUUGACACGUCCGCAGUAGUGGCUGCACAGGAAGCUGCCGGCAUCCGUAAAGCUUCCAGUAAGAUCCAGCAGCUACAAGGCAGUCUGGGGAUUAAUGUGAACCCAUUCGGACGUCCGGGUGGAGCUCCCAGUGGAGGAUACCGCAGUGGCCAAAGGGAGUCUAUCAUGAGCACCGGAGAGGAGCAAUACGGACACACGCAGCACGCCAUGGGCGUCGCCAUGCCCGGCAUGACGGGCUCAGCCAUUCCUAUGCCCGGUUUGGCAAAGGGGGGCUUCAGAUUGCCAGGAAUGGCAGCUGGAGGCGAGCAGAGCGCUGAAGCCCCGGCAGCUCCUCUGGAUGACUCUCAUACUACGAUGAACCGUGUUGCAGGACCCAAGCGCCGUGGACCGACACGACCGCCACCAGGAGCUUUCCGAAUUCCGGCGAUGACUGCACCGAUUAUCGAUAACGUCGAGCCUUCAAAAACUCCUGCAUCUGAAUCUGCUGUUGCCACUGCGCCUGCACCCGCUGAAGCUGAGCCCAAGGCUCCAGAAGCUCCAGUUUUGGUUUCACCGCCGGCACCCGCUCCUGCCAAUUUGUUUGGAAACCCGUCUCCAGAACCUGCUUACUCUCCAGCUCCGGUUCAGGCCCCCGUUGCCACACCGACACCAGUGCCCACACCGGCACCGGCACCAGCACCCGCUGCCCCUGCUGUCACGGCGACACUGCAUAAGGCGCCGGAACCCGAGGUGAGCCAACCCAUGAAGCCUUACCACAUCGAAGAUGAUGAUCCGUAUGCACCAAAGUACGAUACUCCCUCCGAGCAGUACUCGUAUGCCCCCGCAGGAUUCCCUAGUGCUCUGAUGGCGAAUUUCUCUAUGGACGAACUGACACUCGAUGACAAGCCAAAGCCCAAACCAGCGACCGCGUCGACUCCAACUUCGACGUCUGCUUCGUCUCUCUUUGGCACGCCUGCACCGGUUUCAGAGCCUACCCCGAAGCCUUCGUCACCUCCUCCUGCUGCACCGGUGGAAACUCCUAAGCCAGCACCAGCACCAGUGUUUACCCCCGCACCUACUCCAGCUCCUGAACGGGUUCCAUCCCCGACUCCUGUGCCUGCACCAGUGGAAGUUGCAGCACCAGCUCCAGCGCCGACCCCUGCCCCGAAGCCGAUGGCCACACCUUCUCCUGUAGUGUCGACACCAGCACCUACCGCUCCAACCCCUGCUCCAGUAUCUGUGGCUCCCACACCGUCACCCGCUCCAGUGUCAACACCUGCACCGACGUCAGGUUCGUUCCUUUUCGGUGCUGCCGCUGCAGCCGCGGACGAUGACGAAUCGAGCGAGAGCGACUGGAGCGAUGAUGAUGGAGGAAGCCAAUCGUUAUUUGGUGCGCAGAAUGCAGCUCCCAAACCUGCCGCUGCAGCUCCUGCCCCAGUCUUAGUUACACCGCCACAGCCCACGCCAGAGCUUCACCAGGCUUCAGCUCCCGUCAGCGGCAGCCUCUUCGGUGAACCGUCCAACGCACCAGCACCGGCCGCUGCCGCUCCAGCCCCUGGUUUCGUGAAGGCCACACCUCAGACUGCCAUCCCACCGGCACCUUACAGUUCACUCUUCGGCGGUGCUGUGAGCAGCAGUGAAAGCGAAAGCGACAGCGACGAUGAAGGCGGUCUUUUUGGUACCGGAGUGCCUUCGAAGCGGUAAGCUCCGCUGCAACUGGAAUCAACACAAGAGACGGUGUGUCAUGGAAGUACGAAUAGGCAGACAUAGAGGGAGGUUUGCUCACUUGCUCACUAGUCAACAAGCAGCAUUGACCGUCCAAGUGCUACAAGGUUACGUGAAUCUUUUUUUCAUUUUUUUGUUACGAAAUUUGGGCAACAUUUUUGCUGUGCCAUUUCUUGCUCGAUUUUUAUUGUCUGCACAUGUGCUGGUCUUCACUCCACGUUAGCAGUAAACGGGUAACGCGACAUCUUGACAACUCAAUGCAACCAGGACAGAAACGCUGACGGCACGACACCAACAUCAUAUCGAGAGCAGGAGUCGGGGGAGGGAAAGCAGCAGCAAACACGGCGUCUCGACAUCAAAAACGCAACUUCCAUCGUCUACCGCUAAAAAAUAUGCAGAAUAUACACAUAUGCAAAAGUGAAAAAGCAGUCAAUAUAUAUCGGGCAAAACGCCAAGCCACGGACGCCAAUGUGUUUGCAGCUGCAAAGUCCCGCCAAAUCCUCCUUUGCCUUCGCGUCUUCAUCUCCAUCAUCCAUGGCACCAACAUCGAUCAUCCUGUGCAGGUCGGAUACGCGCUAGUUCUACACCUCGUCCCGUUGCUGCGACAGAUCGUCAUUCAUCGCCUACCACUGCUGGGCAGGUGCGAGCUUCUCCGUGUUGAUGUACAGCAUGUCUUCGAUCUUGAAGUAGCGGCCCCAGAAGUAGGCCUUGGAGCCUCCAACAGCUCCCUUCUGGCCCUGCGCGGUCACCAAUCGCUGCACGGGCAGAUAGGCUGGCGAGUCUGGGUGCAGGAACGUCUUGCGCGUACGGGCCUUGUUGUACACCAGCAUAGGGUGGAUGGUGCUCAGCGAGCCGUCAGCCUCCACGGCCACUUGGAUCUUGUAGAUCUCACCGAGCGAGCCCUCGGCAUCGCCCUCUUCGUUGGUGGUCAUUCGGAUCACAGCCUGGUACGGGAACUCCUGCAGCUUAGAAGCAGGUUCAUCUAGCUUGACGGGCAGCCAAACCAUGUCGUCUGUGGCCCCAGAGGCUUCGGAUCCGCCCUCACGCAGCGACUUGGAGUCACCGCCAACGGUCAUGAGCUUUACGGGUGUCUUGUCCUCCUCCGAGGGCGAGUUCAUGCCCAACUUGUGCAUGUACCGCUUGACACGCUUAAACGGAACGCGAGCAAACUUGCCGCCAUGUGACAGAACCUGGUCGUGCACGCGCUUGACGCCGAACUCGGGGUGUGCAAACUUGACAGCCUUGAUUAGAGCAGUGAGCUCGUCGGCGUCCACGUCGUCGGGACCGCGCGAGGGCGAUGGAGACGGCGACGAGCGUGGAGGCGAAUGCUUGGGAGUCUGCGGCGCGGAGCCGUUCUUCUUGGGAGUUGCGCCGGCCAUGGUAAUGUAGGCGGUAUAUGAAGAGCUACUCAAUGAACUGCGCGAGUUGAGGACUGGCGCAGAGAUAUCCUAUCCGGGGGGAAGAUCGGAAACUGAGUUGCGAGCUCUAUAACAUAUGAGCUGGAAAUUUUGGCUCAAAAAAUACGGAAGACCGUACUUAAGCAAGUGAAAUGAGCCCAGGUUUA